AUGACAUGUCUUCGAACUCUAAUCACACUCUAACAAGAGUCACAUGUACACGCACACUUCCCUCAAGAAAGUUCGUUUCUACUCCCAGCUAUGCCGUUUGGCACUGUCACUCUCAACGAUGGAAAUCAGUUCCCCACAAUAGCCUUUGGCACGGGGUCCACCAUGAAAUUUAGGGAUGUCACAGACUACGUGGGCCAGGCAAUAGAGAGUGGAUUUUCCCAUAUCGAUACCGCACAGUAUUAUCAAACAGAAACUUACGUGGGCCUCGCUAUCAAGGAGAGCGGUCUUCCUCGCUCGAGUCUCUAUAUCACCACUAAAUACAGCGCUACUGGGACACCACGGCAGGCUAUUCAACAAAGUCUAAACAAGAUUGGCCUUUCUUAUGUUGACAUGUAUAUGGUACACAUGCCGCUUGCCUUGCCUGAUCUUGAGUCUGGGUGGCAAGAAUUUGAGAAGAUGAAGAAAGAUGGAUUAGCAAGGAGCAUUGGCGUCAGCAACUUUGCCAUAGAGGACCUUCAGAAACUCCUGAAGACUGCGGUCACGAAACCUACUGUUAACCAAGUAAAUUCUUCUAGACACUUACCCUCAUCACAACCGACGAGCUUUAUCAUGCAGAUCAAAUUCCACCCUUACAACUAUGCUUCGCACAAAGCUUUGAUUGAAUAUUGCGUAAAACAGAAUAUUAUAGUGGAAGCAUAUGGGAGUUUGAACUCUAUUACGCAAAAUCCUGGAGGACCAGUCGAUGCGGUUGUCAACGCCGCUGCCAAGCGUAUUGGCGCAACCCCUAACCAGGUGAUCUUUUCCUGGGUCAGAAGUAAAGGUGUAGCAAUUGUCACGACGAGUCGAACCAAGGAGCGCCUUCAAGAGUAUCUCGCCGUGGAAGAUCUUCCCCCGCUUACAUAUGAAGAAAUCGCUGCCAUUGACGAAGCCGGUGCUAAAGGCCCUCCCUCCCGGCUACUUGUCGCGAGGCUAGCAAUGCAACACGAAUUAUUUGAAAAGGCUCCAUUGCUGUGCGUGGGGCUGGCUGUUGCGGUUAUGUUUGGCUUGAUCAAGUUUUUCGUGUUUUGGGGUUGUACGGGAGUUAUCCAGUAGGACUGGCAAAUUGGGAGAUACUUAGAUGAGUCAAUCAUCCCUUUCGAGGGUUUUUCAAAUUGUAGCAUUAGUCUUUAGAUUAUCAGGCACGCGCGGGGUUUGAAGUAUAAUCUUAGGGCAAAUGGGGUAUGCCUGCAGCGUUUCUGAUUUCUAUACUCAUCCACCUCAGCUAAUUUGCUGACUCGGACCACGCCAACUUCUAUGUAG